GCAAACUAAUAAAUUCAAAAUCAAAUAAAUUCAAUUAAUUUUCUAAAAUUUCAUUCUUAUAUAACAUUAUCCACUAUAUUUAAUUCUUAUUUUCUGAAAAUAUCUAUUAAAAAUAAAACUUUAAAAUUUCUUCAUUCUAGUCAUUCUAUCAAUUUCAUACACAAAAAAGAAGAAUGUCAAGAAAAUUGUAGGUUAGUUAAUAUUUUAAGGUUAUAUUGAAGGGGAACUAAAAGUACAAAUUGAUAGAAUUUAAUAUUAUCAAAAUGCAGAGUGUAAGAUUGAUACUUCGCCCAUUGCAAGGAUACAGACGAAUUUCAAAUUGUGCUGCAUUGUGCCAGUCCGUAGAGGCCCAGACGAAUCCCGUAGAAAAAAUCCAAAUUCCACCCCCUAGUAAUGUCGAACAACCAGUAUCACCUAAAAUAGAUAAACUAGCCACAGAAAUUUCCAAACUUAACUUAAUUGAAGUCUCGGAACUAAGUUCUGUCUUGAAGAAGAGGCUCAAUUUAGCUGACGCUCCCGUCUUCCCAGCGGGAGGCUUCGCCCCAGUUGCUGCACCUGCAGAAGAAGAGGAUGCCGCCCCUAAAAAAGAAAAAUCCGUGUUCACAGUGAAAUUGAUGAAAUUUGAAGAAAAACAGAAAGUAGCGUUAAUCAAAGAGAUUAAGGCGUUAGUAGAAGGCAUGAAUUUGGUACAAGCGAAAAAGUUUGUUGAAGGUGCGCCUGCUGUAGUCAAAGCUGAUGUUCCCAAGGAUGAGGCUGAAAAAUUAAAAGCAGCCAUAGAAAAAGUUGGUGGUGUUGUAGUACUUGAUUAGAUUAGUUGUAUAGGUUAGUUGUGCAGUUUUAUAAUAAAAUAAUAAAUGUUAAGGUACUGUUUGUUUAA